AUGGUGGACGUGUCUUUGGCAUCCACCUCCCAGAGGUCCAAGAUGGGGCCUCCGAAUGCCUUGUCUUCCUUAAAUAACCCUUGCCGGAUCUGUCGAAUACAAGCUCGCCUAUUUCCUGUCUAUAGUGUCAGCCUGUGUUACCUCUUGAGUUUGGUCUAUACCCUGAGCCCACUCUCCCUGCCAUGUCAGUUUGGUCUAUACCUGAGCCCACUCUCCCUGCCACGUCAGUGUGGUCUGUACCCUGAGCCCACUCUCCCUGCCAUGGCGCGGGGCGUCAUCGCGGGCCAGCAGGGAGCACCCAGGGGCGGACUGCCGGACUCGGCUUCAGCACCCACUUCCCACGUUGCUGCGGCAGUAACCAGGCCCGGGAGGGGGGAGCCGGGGAGCGGUGGGAAGUGUCGGACCCGAGAAGAUGGUAGCGGCGACUGUGAGCUCGCCGCAUCGGGGCCGAGCCGGGAUGGGCGGGGAGGGUGGGCGCGGAGGAAGCUCCGCCCGGGCCGGCCCUGCGGGCUGCCCAUGAGCGCAAACACGAUGAUCUUCAUGAUUCUGGGGGCGUCUGUAGUGAUGGCCAUCGCCUGCUUGAUGGACAUGAACGCGCUGCUGGACAGAUUCCACAAUUACAUCCUCCCGCACCUGCGGGGCGAGGACCGCGUCUGUCAUUGCAACUGUGGCAGGCACCACAUCCACUACGUGAUCCCCUACGACGGGGACCAGUCUGUGGUCGACUCCUCGGAGAACUAUUUUGUGACAGACAACGUGACGAAGCAGGAGAUCGACCUGAUGCUGGGGCUGCUGCUGGGAUUCUGUAUCAGCUGGUUCCUGGUGUGGAUGGAUGGGGUCCUGCACUGCGCUGUGCGGGCCUGGAGGGCCAGUCGCCGCUUUGACAACUCAUGGUCCUGGCUCCCCAAAUUCUGUAGUCUGAAGGACUUCCGGAAACGACCCCACCGGCCGUACGAGGAGCCCACAGGAAACAUGGUGCACAUCAAACAGAAGCUUUACCACAAUGGCCACCCCAGUCCCCGGCACCUCUGAGCCCCUGCCCCUGGCUUGGCUGAGCCCACGGAGGGACUUGGGACACAUGGACGGACCAUUGGACCGCAGGGUGGACGCUGCCCAGUGUCUAUGGCUAUAUCCCUUGGGGUCUGGGGCCACGCCCUAUGGACCUACAGCUGGCAGGGCCCACCUUGUGUGGACCAGGAGCCAGCCUGGCCCUGACCCUGGCCUGCUUGGGCCCCAGCACUGGACCUCUGUACAUAUGUAAGAAGGAUCUUUGCUUAUAAACCCUUCCCCCACCCUCAGGAGGCUCCACAGCCCAAGCCCAGGGCGGCCCCACCUCCUGCCCCCAGACCCUGGACAGCGCCUCUCUGGGGUCCCAGCCCUCUCCCGGCCCCUGGGCCCAGGAUGUCUGCUGCCUGGGUGGUCAUCCUGCACUUGGGUGGGGCUCCCAGAAGAAGGUGCUGUGUCUUUUCUCUCUC